AAUGCGUGUGACAGGGAGGGGCCAUGUUGUGGGGCCUGUACGGGCGGCACGGCCAUACCUGAAGAAGGAGCAGGGGCAGUAGGGAUAGAGCACCUAGCAUAAGGUCUGUCAGCGGGGCGGCGAUUUGGCUGUAGUGGGGUACAAAUCACCUAUAAUAUCCAGCCAAGCCUAAGAAGGAUUGGACCUGUUUCUUAGACUUUGGAACCGGCCACUUUUGGAUAGCAUCCACUUUGGCCUGUAGGGGAUUUAUAGUUCCUCGACCCACCUGGUGCCCCAGGCAUUUCAGCCGCCACCUCUGCUAAGGGUCCACUGAGCUGCGAUCUCAGCUCUACCAUGUACUGGUCUGGAAUGAUGCUGUAUCCAAGGCAGGCCCUUUCAAAAUUUUCUAAGAAGGCCUCAGUAUCGUCGCCUGCCUUAUAGACCCUUAAAAUGUCAGGGAGCGAGCUUGAACUAAAUUCACCACCGGAAAAUGCAAGGCUUCAAUAUAUGAAAAGAACGGAGGCUCUGCUAGAUAUGUUUCUUCGACUUCCAGAAGCAGACCAGAAACUCUUUACAAAUGGAUCAUACUUCCUGGGAAUAAAUGGAGGCUUUUGUGGUUUAAUAGCAAACAAUCUUUUCAGACGCAUCCUAAAUGUGACGCAGGCUGGGAUUGCUUCUAGUUUGCCAAUGGCUGUUCUUCCAUUCCUCACAACAGCAGCAAUUUACCAAGCUGCGAUAACUGAACCUUUAAUUUCAGGUGAUCUAACGUGUGCACCCUGUGCCAUAGUCAGAGGAGGAUUAGUUGGGUCUGUUAUGGGUGGUCUAUAUCCCAUUUUCUUGGCCAUUCCUGUAAAUGCAGGACUUGCAGCCAGGUACAGCUCAGCUCCGUUGCCUGGGAAAGAGAAUAUGUUACGCUUUUGGAUUAAAGUCUCUCAACCAGUCUUUAAGAAGAUGAGUUUUGCUAUUCUUCUGCAGGCUGCAUUUGGAAUUUACCUCAGCUCAAGACAGUAUGGAAUAUUUAUGAAAAUGCUCCAGUUGCCUGAAGAACUCAAAGAUUAAAACUGAAAAAUACACAACUCCCUCUAAUGCUUGGGUGGGUUACUACAAUAAACCAUGAAACUAAAUAAGGCAAGAGUUAUUGCUUUGUGGGUUUUUUUAAAUAAGUAAAUCAAGACUUCUCAAUGUCUUUCACUAUUAAAUUGUGAACUGAAACAGA